CUUUUCUCUCUCUCUCUCUCUCUCUCUCUCUCUCUCUCUCUUUGUACAGGAACAAAGCACAAUCAAUUCACACUAUUCCCUUGUCAAUUCUUUAACGAACAUGGCAGACAAUCCAGCGCAAGAUUCAAUCACUAUGGCUCAGCUGAAGCAGUUCGUGAGCACACUGCCCUCAAAGCAGAAGCUUGAACCAGUGCAUUUUCACUACGCGGACAUGGACACACCUUCGGCUGAGAUUGACGAGUUUUAUGGCUACACAGAAAUUCAACAGUUUCUUGAAAAUCAAGAAAACUUUCUGAAAAAUUACGAUGGAGUCUGGCAAAAGAGCUCUGUGUCUGAAAGAGAGGCCUACGCAGAAUAUUUGCUGGAUUUUUUGGAUCAAAAAGAUGAUGCUAGUCGACUUUCCGUUGCUCAACAGCUGAUCUACAUCUCUCAAGGGGCCUAUUCUGGCGUGGCAAAUGAAGAUGACCACAGGGACUGGAUCAUCAAAAACAACCAAAUGUUACGGAAGCUCGGCGCAUUUCAAAUCUACUACGACGCACUCAGGAUUGCAUGCUCCAAAUUGGCGAACGAUCCAGGGAUUGUUGUUGAAAUUGAAGCAUUGGUUACACUACUUUACAUGCUUGUGGUGUCGCAUGAGGAAGAUUCAGAGUUUAUGGGCGAAUUAGCAACUACAAAUCCCUCCAUAACCGUGUUCUUAUACGACCAGAUAUGUGUCCGCCCUGCAAAAGAUCAAUAUUACCCACUAAAAAAGAUGCUUCUGCUUCUUUGGAAAGUUCUACGAACUACCCUUGGAGGAACUGAUGAUUUCCCAAUGCUAAAGAGCGCUGCUCGCAGGAUGAUGGGCUACCCACCUAUACUUGCUAGCAGUAUAAUAGCUCAAAAGUCUGAUCCACUCGAUUAUCUGGAGUACCAGUCCGAAAUGAGCCAAAAGUACCCAGCCUAUAUACCCACAACUACUUCUCGCUGCGGUAGCUGCCCUUCACUCCCCAUUUCGACAAUUGCUAAUGUUUUGCAGGCAAAAACAUUGACUGGCGUCGCAGGAGGAGGCGCCAAUAUCACUAGCUCUCAAACUACAAAGACUGGAGGAUUAGGAACAGGAUCUACAGGGAAAUCAGGGAAAGGAAUAGGGAACGGUCCUGGUGGAGCAAAUGGAACGCAACCCUUUAUAUUUCCAUCUUCGUCCAUGAGAAGCUCGACUCCGAAAUCAAUUAUAGAAGCAGAGGAGCUAUUCAAAAGAAACAUGUACAUUUCCACUGCAACCUUGCAGAUAUAUCACGAAAAGAAAUUAAUGACAGAUAGACGAUAUAGAUCUGCGAACGAUGCAGAAGACCAGGAUUCAGGGAGAGCGCUAGAGUACAGACAACCAGCUUCCGUUCGAAACAAGCCCAGGCGAAGAAGCUUGAUGCGCAAAUCGAAUGGAAACGGUAACCAGGGCGAUGAUGAAGCUGAAGAUGCUAGUAAUGAGGAAGAGGAGGCAUCAGAUGAUGAUGGCUAUCCAAAGCCGAGUAUCAAGUUGGAUGACGCGGGCAAUAACAUCCAGCCUGUGAGCGACAAAGAGAGGGAACGUAUCGAGCGCAUCGAGCACAUCUACAGAGAAAUUGUACCAAGGAUGGCUCAGAUCCAGGUUACAUUGUUAAAGACGCUACUGGUAUGCAUCAAAAUAAGUGGGGCAUCCUCGGGCAGGGAAGCAUCGUCUGCUGCAGAGACAGAGGGCAAGGAGCCUACUGAUUCAUUCACCAGAGUCAACGACAUUCGCGAACACGAAAUCAUGGCCAAAGCUGUCUCAAGCAUUCUCCUUCUUCAGCUUCAACAUUUCAAGAUUUAUCAUGUUUUGGCUUUUAAUUAUGUUUGUCAACUUUUGGUUGAUUCGAAUUGUUUGCUUUUAUUGCUCAAGAUUUUCGGAAACGCCGAAAAUCCAGGAAAUAUUCAUACAAAAAAUGAGCUUGAAGAGUACAACUUUUUCAAGUAUUGCUCCAUCCUUCGGGAGACUACUUCAUCAUCGGUGUCAAACCCCGAGCAGGCUCGAACGGCGAUACUUAUGGCAGCGGUUUCCGACAUUGGGGACCCUUUACCAGUUAACUAUGUUUGUAGACGUAACAUGUUUGCAAUCAUCAACUUGCUACGCGUGUUACAAAAAUUGACCAAGAACAAGACGCAUCGGAUCUUGCUCUUGGUCCAGUACAAAUCCUCGGCCAUUCUGAAGCGUUUGUUGAAAAUCAAUCAUCCAGAUCUUCAGAAAUACGUAUACAAAGCACUGAAGAGCCAAGUGCCAUUCUUAGGUCGUAAAUGGCGGUCAUCUCAUAUGAAAGUCAUUACAGGAAUUUACAUCUACUGUCGUUCGAAUCUAAGGGACGAUUGGAUUUCGGGCGCGGAUGUGGAAAAGGAUUUGGAGGAUGCGCUUCCUGCGGAACAGCAGCUGCGGAAUAUGAUUCGGCAUUACCACGACCGCUUGCAUCCAAAUGCAUUGGUACCUGACCCAGGAGCACAGGCAAAGAACGGCAAGAAUAACAACGGAAGCAGUCAGUAUUCCGGACCCAAGUAUGACUGGCAGGAGAUUUACGAGGCACAUGCGUCUAUCCCAGAUGCAGGAGCUAUUGACCACUGUACCAGCAAUGGGUCGAGAUCAGAUGGCGAGGAUAGCGUCAAGAGUGGACAUAGCAGCCGAAGUAAUAGCACCAGCGCGUCUUCGUUAGGUUCAGAGCGGAAACGAGAUCUGACCAUGAGUGACAUUGAGCUGGAUGCUGGAUUUGAAGAAAAUUAUGAAGAAUGGCUCGAGGCAGAAGUCUUUGGCAAGAAGAAUACGCCAAGUUUGUUGGAACCACCCAACUUCAAGUAUAGCGAUUAUUAUGAUGAUAAAACUGAUAUUCCGUUCCUCAGCAAACCUGGAGAUGGAUCAGGCUGGGAUACCCCUGCAGUAAUGCCUUCGGAUGACGAGGAUUUUUAUGGAAGUGCUUUCAGCUUUAGGAAAUGGGAGGAUGAAGAGCUCUUCAAGCAAAUCGACUGGACACCCAACUUGUACGGGAUGGAUGCCUCAACAGAGCAGCAGUAUUAUCUGGAUCAUGUCUCAGAUUUCUCUCAGAGCGAAAUCUAUUACAACUAUGAUUAUAAAUAUGGUUAUGAGGACGGUGGAGUGGAUGCAGACACUGGCGUUGACAUUGCAACAAGUCAAGGAACAGAGGGCUCGGGUGGCAGCAAUAGUGUUGGUAGAAAUAGUGUGGGUAGAAAAGGACUAGGGAUGCGACGCCGCUCACAGUCGUUGCGAGUUCGAAAGUCAGAGGUUGGUGAUACAGAAUGGAUUGAUGAUGAUGCCCAAGAGGAGGUUAUGCAUGCCUAUGGCCCAUCACCUGCGACUCACAUGUUAGAUCAGCCUGAUCCUGACUUUACUGAUGCGUAUGAUCCAUACGAGCCAUGAUACUCCACCCCUCGCCAAUUGAUUAAGAUAAAAAUAACAAUAAAAAAACACUAGCCAUCGGAUAAGAACAUAGGAUCAAGGU